AUGGUCCAACCCCUUCGCUUGACCCCAGAUCAGGUCAAACGCUACAGCCGACACAUCAUCAUGCAGGAUGUGGGCAGCGCCGGCCAACGCAAGAUGAUGGAAUCCAGCGCGCUGAUUAUCGGGGCUGGCGGCCUCGGCUCCCCCUCCGCCGUAUACCUGUCGCUGGCCGGCGUCGGCAAAAUCGGCAUCGUCGAUUUCGACGUUGUGGAGCUUUCCAACCUGCAGCGGCAGAUUUUGCACCAUACGUCCGACGUGGGUCGCCCCAAGGUGCAGUCGGCCAAGGACAACAUCCUUUCGUACAACCCCGAAGUCGAGGUGGUGCUCCACGAAACCUGGCUCACCUCGGAAAACGCCUUUGAUAUCAUCGGACAGUACGACAUCGUCGUCAACGGCGCCGACAACUUCGCCACGCGCUACCUGGUAAACGACGCCUGCUAUCUGCUCAACAAACCGUUGAUCGAUGGCAGCAUCCUCAUCUUCGACGGCCAGGCCACCGUGUUCCUGCCGGGCGAGGGCUGCUACCGCUGCCUGUUCCCGGCCCCACCGCCUCCCGGCAUGGUGCCCAACUGCGCCGAAGCCGGCGUCCUGGGCGCACUGACCGGACUGGUCGGUUCAAUCCAGGCCACCGAAGCCCUGAAGCACAUUCUCGGUAUCGGCGAGAGCCUGUCCUCCCGGCUGCUGGUUAUCGACGCCCUGAGUAUGCAGUUCCGCGAAGUGCGUUUGCGGCGCAACCCCAACUGCCCGCUCUGCGGCGACAACCCCACCGUCACCGAACUCAUCGACUACGAAGUCUUCUGUGGCGUGGCCGAAAUUCCGGAACCCGCCGCCAUCGCGGCCGGCGCAGUGUAA